AUGUGUACUUGUGUUUCGAAGACCGAAAGGAAACUUUCAUCUGCUAGGGACGAUUUUGUAAAGUUAAGAAGCGAACUUAAUGUCCAGGAUUCAGACUUGGACGACUCGAUAAUGCAGUGGAAAGAAGAUGUUCAACAAUUUGCGAGAGAACAACAAAUUGGAGUUUCUUCGUUAAAAGGUGCCGCCGAAGAGUUCUUCCUUUUGCAUCAAACUGUUGAAAAUGCUCAACAUUUGGAGAAUUUUGUAAAAGCCAACGAUGAUAAAACGCGGACAUUAUUGGGUGAUAUGCGUUUCGUUCAUGACGCUCAAAACAAAGUGAAACAACUUGAACAAAAUGCAACAAGAUUGCUGGAAUUGAAAAGACAGCUUUUAGAUGGACAUGUGAGAGAGGAGCAGCUUCUUGAGCAAGGAAAGUCGCAGCUGGCAAAAAUCACAGUAGCAAAGCUGCAGAAGAGAUUAGAAAUGUUGUAUUUUUCAGUCACUAGACGCACAAAAGAAAUAACUUCUCUUGCUGAUUCUAGCAAACGAAGAUCUUCCAUGAGAAGGAAAUGCGCUAAAGAAAAGUCCGAAAUAGCAUCCACCGUAGAAGAGUUAAAUUGCCUCUGAAGUCUGUGUGGUCUUCCUACGACAAGUGCGGAAGAAGUCAUGUCUGGAUAUUUUGUUUGGUCGUUUAACCAGUGUGACAUAGAUAGUACGA